AUGCCAUCAUUUCCUGGGAGACGACUCUAUCUCAAUACAAAUAAAUGUAGUACAGAAGAAAUAAAAAUUUUCCCAUAUAAACGAAUUAUUCCACAUGGUUAUUGUAUAAAAGAUGAUUUAAAUUGGCGGCCACAUAAUUUAGCAUUAAAUCCAAUUUAUUCAGAUUAUGGAUUAGAUUGGUCAUCAAAAUUGCGUUAUAUUGAAGCGUAUAAAGAUGAAAAUAGGAAAGAUGAAAAUAUUUGGCCAGAACAUUCAAGUCAUUUAAGAACAUAUCCAGAAUUAAAAUGUCAUGGAAUGAGUCCAGAAUGGUCAAUCUAUACGGAUGGAUAUACUACUGGAAAGAAAUGUUUAUUCAAUGGAAUACAUCAACGUAGUGUUUAUUGUACAUCAGAAUAUAGUCUAUAUGAUGGAUUCACGCAUAAAAGGCAAAGGGAUAUUAUAGACCAACAUAAUGGUAUAUUUAAUGCAAUGAAACCAGGAGAUAAAAGUUAUGGUUCUGUAGAAUAUUCACCAAACUUUUAUAAAAUUAAUUCAUCUGUUCCAAAAGUUCAAUUUGGAGUACAAUCAACUGAGCAGGAAUUCAAUCAAGAUUUAACAUUAAUACGUAAAGAAUUACGUGAAUUAGAUGAAUGGAAACCAGCUCCAACUUUAACUGAAACUAUAUCGUCUGUGAAGUUUUCAAGGAAGUAG